AUGAAGUUCGCCGCAGCAACCACCCUGUUCUUGGCAACCCUCGCCCUCGCCAGCCCAGCACCAGCACCCGGUCCUGCUGUCCCCGAGACCAUUCCAGAAUUCCGUGCAGCGCUGACCCAUCUCGACGCCCGGGCCAGCAAGCCCAAGGGCAGCAGCGGGAGCAGCAACACGACUAACUCUGCCGCCGUGUCUGUCUCGGCGAGCGGGGCGCUGCAGCUUGUGGUGCUGGGGAUGGGUGUUGUGGAGGCUGUCAGGCUGUGGAGUUGA